AUGGAAAGCCCAUUGAACGUUUUAUCUCCCUUCUUCCUCUACCUCUGCCUUCUGUUAGCACUGUUUCAAGCCCCCACCCCAUGUAUUUCCGACCCCAACCCUCUCCAGGACUUCUGCAUCCGCACAUCGCCGGCAGGCCAAUCCGCCGCCACCUGCAAGGCUGCUUCCGCCGUCGUGUCCGACGAUUUCUUCUUCGAUGGCCUGACCAAGGAAGGCAACACUAGCAAUUCCUUUGGCGCAGGCUUAACACAAGCGACCCACGUCCAGUUCCCGGGCCUCAACACGCUUGGGAUCGCUAUGGCUCGCAUCGACUUGGCCCCCGGUGGUCUGAACCCGCCGCACACCCAUCCUCGUGGCUCCGAGCUGGUGAUGGUCCUCAAGGGAGCGGUGCUCGUUGGGUUUGUGAGCGGUGACAACGUGCUGUACCAGAAGGUGGUGAGGCGAGGAGAGCUGUUCAUCGUUCCCAAGGGGCUCGUCCACUUCCAAAAGAACACGGGGAAGGGCAAAGCUAUCGUGAUCGUUGUAUUCGAUAGCCAGUUCCCAGGGAUUGUGCCCGCUCCGUUUGCACUCUUUGGGACAAAGCCGGCCAUUGACAGCCAGCUGCUGGCCAAGGCAUUCAAGGUGGAUGGGGAGGUCGUCACCAGCUUACUCUCCAACUUCGGCAAUUAAUAGAACUGCUUCAAGACCAUAGACUUCAAUUCCAUCUCUAGUUUUUGCUUCUUCCCGUUGCAUGUCUUUCGUUUAUCCAUCUGAAGUCUUAGCUGCGUUUUGUGACUAUUUCUCAUUCUCCUGUAUUGUGACGAUCUAUUCAUUCUUCUUCUUUUCC